AUGGCACAAUCAAAUCAAAAUGGACCACAAGCGGCGACCGCUGAAUUGCCACCGGCGAUGGCUGAGGUCAAGUCGCAGAAGGUGGACGAUCUGAUAAAAGAGAUGAACCGUAUGCCAAUAUUCAUGACAAGUUUAGAUGAAACAGAUGGCGAGGGAGGCGAGAAUAUGGCGCUAGAGGCGUUGAAAGCGAUGGCGUACGAAGGAACCCGUGCCGAAAUCGCUGAAAACUUCCGACAACAAGGCAACGAAUGCGCACGGGCAAAGCAAUGGUCGGAUGCAAAAGAGUUCUACGAUAAGGCAAUAGCAGCGCUCAAAGGUCCACAAAGCAACCCGGACCCGGAUGCAGAAGGACCAGAUGUCAUCCCUGUCGAACUUGAUGAGAAGGAGGAAGCAGAGAAGGAAAGAGUGAUUGGAGAGGCCGUCUAUGUCAACCGAGCAUUAUGCAAUUUGGAAAAGAAGAACUACCGCUCCUGCAUUCAAGAUUGCGUAUCAACACUCAAGAUCAAUCCCACCAAUAUCAAAGCUUUCUACAGAUCAGCCACUGCCGGCUUUGCCCUAGACAAGUUACAAGAGGCGGCCUGGGCUUGCGAUCGAGGACUAGCCCUGGAUGCUAGCAACGCCCCUCUCAAAGCCCUCAAAAUCAAGAUCGAUGCUCGAAAACAGUACAUAGAUUCCGUCGAAAAGGCGCGCCGCGAACGAGAAGAAAAGGCUGCAUCAGAGCGGGUAACGUUGAAGCUUGCCUUGAGGAGCCGAAAUAUCUUGACGCGGAGCACGGAGAAGCCCCCAGAUCUAGAAGACGCCACUGUCAAGCUGGAGAACAGCCUAGAUCCCUCUUCGACACUCACGAUUCCGGUCAUUCUGCUUUAUCCAAUGCACUCGCAAUCAGACUUUAUCAAGGCCUUCUCUGAGAAGGAGAAGCUAGAUGAACAUCUCGACUAUAUCUUCCCGCUACCAUGGGACGAGCAACACGAGUACACGAUCGACAACGUGGAAUCGUUCAUGGAGACCGCAGCAGGUGGGUUGAUAAAAGUUGGAAAAAAGAUGAGUCUAGGCAAGGUACUAGGAAGCGGGAAGCCGGAGAUCGUCGACGGUUUGGUAACGAUAAGCGUGGUGCCAAAGGACAAGGCUGCAGGUUGGAUAGAAGAGUUCAAGAAGCGCAAGGGCAAGACGGCAUAG